UCGCCCGACCAAACAGAGAACGUUCGACUUCGACGACCGACGACGCCGACGUGUUUAUUUCGGACUUCGCUUGUGUCUUGAUUGGGUGUGUCGCCGAUUUAAAUAAAAAAACCAACAUGAGCGGACAACAGUAUUACCCGUACAAGUGUACCCCCACGAUUUACCCCGCGGAUCCCUUCGACGCGGCUGCCGAUGCGGAAACACUCCGCAAGGCUAUGAAGGGCUUUGGAACUGAUGAGAAGGCCAUCAUCGACGUUCUAUGCCGCCGUGGUAUCGUCCAACGUUUGGAAAUCGCCGAAACCUUCAAAACCAACUAUGGAAAGGACCUCAUCAGUGAACUGAAGAGUGAACUCACCGGUAACCUCGAGAAUGUGAUCGUAGCUCUCAUGACACCUCUACCUCAUUUCUACGCCAAGGAGUUGCAUGACGCUGUAUCGGGGUUGGGAACCGAUGAAGAAGCCAUCAUCGAAAUCCUCUGCACCCUAUCCAACUAUGGCAUUAGGACUAUUUCUGCUUUCUACGAACAAUUAUACGGCAAGAGCCUUGAAUCGGACCUAAAGGGCGACACGUCGGGUCACUUCAAGCGUCUAUGCGUGUCCCUUUGCAUGGCCAACCGAGAUGAGAACUCCGGUGUGGAUGAAGGGGCAGCCAAGGCCGACGCUGAGGCUUUAGCUGCUGCUGGCGAGGGUCAGUGGGGAACUGAAGAGUCAGUGUUCAACUCCAUUCUUGUCACUCGCUCAUACCAACAGCUGAGACAGAUCUUCGCCGAGUACGAGGCGUUGACCGGUAAGGAUAUUGAGGACACCAUCAAGAAGGAAUUUUCUGGAAGUAUCGAGAAGGGCAUGCUUGCUAUUGCCAAAUGCGUAAAGAGCAAGGUCGGUUUCUUCGCGGAACGCCUGUACUACUCCAUGAAGGGUUUGGGAACUAACGACAAGACCCUCAUAAGAAUUGUUGUAAGCCGCUCCGAGAUCGACCUGGGUGACAUUAAACAGGCGUUCUUAGACAAAUACGGCAAACCACUGGAGGAUUGGAUCGCUGAAGACCUAAGGGGUGACUUCAAGAAUGUGCUAGUCACACUUUGUGCUUAGUCCUGCAAAAUAAAUUAUAUUUUUUUAUUUGCAUAUAAGUUAUUUUUCUAUGAAUAUAAACAUUGCAUGUUAUUGAAUAGUUCUAUAACAGAAAUAAAUGUAAUAUUUUGCAGGAUGAUACGAAAGGAGACUACAAAAGGGUGUUACUCACUAUUGUUUCUUAAGAAAACCCAUUAUAAGACUUCAAUGUACUGAAUGUUUGUAUUGCACUUUUAAAGAAUAAGUUCCGAUAUGAAACUGCCUUUAUAUAACUGUUAAAAUGUGUAGAAAUAAAAGCUUGAUAUUUUUGUGAAAAUGAGAUAUUUAUUGGUGCUGUAGUUUUGUUUACGGUGUAUAAUAAUAUAUACAUGAAUACAUUAUUAAUAAAACUAUCGUAUGUUUUAA